AUGAAUGACAAUCCGGGUAUCGUGUGCUUCCGUCACUGCCCGAGGAAGAAUGUAUUCUGCAGGUAUAUUCCGGUUACAUGCCCGGCUUGCUCGUCGCGAAUACAAGACUUCAUUGUAGAUCCAUUUCGUGUCCCGUAUCCGUUCGCGAACGCCGCUCAUAAUCCAACCAGUAUCGUGAUUCGACCUUCACGUGGUAGCUUCCUCGACGACUACGACGUGACGGGUAACGACUUGCAUGUUGGGAUAGUCGAUUCGGACGGAGGCGUCAUCGAAUUCGAUAAAGACGGACUGAUAACGAACGACGUUGAUAGAUGGACUGAUUGCAUCGCCUUCCAGGUUGUACCAGUCGCCUGGAUCAUUCGAUGGGACGAAACUCUGUCAUUUAUGUCAAAAGAUGACAGAUGGAAAUCGAUCAACUAUGAUAAUAUCAAUAUGAAUUGCUUUAACUUCGUUUUGGAAUUUCUUAAUAAUCUAGGAUACGCGAAUCUUAAGUUUGCGAGCAAGGAAGAUCUAUGCGAGCGAUUGAUACUAUCGAAAAUUCAAAAUGCAAUCAGAUAUAAUUCGUUAUAUAGGGCCCUGAAGCAUCAGGAGUAUUUGUUAUCGGAUCAUCAUUCUUGA